CUAAAUAUCAACAGACAGGACGGCCGCCAUUUCUUAAAUCAGUCACUUAAUCUAAUGAUGGACCCCCGUACCAGUGCCCAGGACGUGAUGCGAUGUGACCUAUGUGAGACCGCUGUGGUACAGAUGCACUGUGAUACAUGUCUUGUCAACCUGUGUAAGGCCUGUGUGGGAGAACACAUCUCAACAGGUGAAUCUAAAGAUCACAAAGUCGUUAAAUUUCAGGAGAGGAAAUCCACUCCCCUCUACCCUAUAUGUACAACUCAUAAUAAAGAACAGUGUGAAAUGUUCUGUAAACAAUGUGACAUUCCUGUCUGCAUCAGCUGUGUUGCUCUUAAUCAACAUUUAGGUCAUGAAUUAUCAAAAAUCUUACAAGUUCUGGCUGAUAAAAAGGACGUGAUUAUAAAGGAGAGAAAUGAAUUAAAUGAUACAAUUUAUCCAACCUACCAGGACAUUGCCUCUGAUGUACAAAACAGAAUGAGUCAGUUAGAAAAGGAAUAUGGAGAUCUCCCAACAGCCAUAACAAAACUUGGAGAGGACUGGCACAGAGAAAUUGACAAACUUGUCAAGAAACUUAAAGCUGAAGUUGAUGAGAUAAAAAACACACAGUUACAAACUCUACAGGAACAUCUGGAUGAGAUAAACAAGACAAUGUCUGAAAUCAAGGAUGAAAUCAAUUCAAUGGAAACUGUAAUAGACACCAAUGACUUGUCAAAACUAUUUGGUGUCACGUCCAAUCUAAACACAUACAGGAAUCUUCCACACAAAAUUUUGCCAUCUCUACCAAAAUUUAGUCCAGGAAAAAUCCAAGACGAAGAACUUAGUAAAUUGUUUGGAGCCUUAUCAGCAAGUUCUUUAACAUCAGAUAAACAUGGCUACAGCAUGAAGACAACACAGAAAUCACCAGAAGCUGGAUCCUCUCCUCCAGUCAAACAGCUACUUGAUGAACCAAAGACUGUCACCACCAUAGACACUGGGUAUAAAUAUGCCUUUUACAAUGUGGCCUGUCUGAGUGAUGAAGAAAUCUGGACAAGUGGAGGAGAUAGCACCAUAAAACUCUACAGCAUUAAUCAGGGAUCACUACUCAAGUCAAUCACAACCAAGUCAGGGAAAACACCAUCUAACAUAGCAGUGACAAAAAGUGGAGAUCUAGUUUAUACUGAUUAUAGGACUGUGAACAUUGUGAAGAAUGAGAAGAUAGAGGAGGUAAUCAGACUACGGAACUGGAUACCUUUCAGUGUCUGUAGUACCUCUUCUGGUGACCUCCUGGUUAUCAUGGAAAGUGAUGAUGACAAACAAUCAAAAGUUGUCCGCUACUCUGGCUCCAUAGAAAAACAAAUCAUUCACUCUGAUGAUAAAGGUAAACCUCUCUAUUCACCUAGUUCUCUUUGUCUUAGAUACAUUACAGAGAACAGAAACCUGGAUAUCUGUGUGUCUGACAGUGGAGCUAAUGCAGUAGUGGUGGUCAAUCAGGCCGGGAAACUGAGAUUCAGGUACAAUGGACAUACUCCUGCUCCAAAGAACAAACCAUUCAGUCCACGAGGAAUCACCACAGACAGUCAGGGUCACAUCCUUACAGCUGAUUAUAACAAUGACUGUGUCCACAUCAUAGACCAGGAUGGACAGUUCCUCUGUUACAUACACUGUGGACUGAGUUAUCUUAUGGGACUGUGUACAGAUACAAAUGACAAUCUAUUUGUUGCACACUAUGGAAACAGACAAGUGAAGAAAAUCAAAUACAUGUAUCUGAAUUGA